AGUAACAAAUGCAUGGAUAGGUGUUUCCAAAAACUUUUAUUGAUAAAAAGUCUCAGAUAUUGACAUUGAUGGAAAAAAUACGCUUUUGAGAAAUAUUUUAUUUGUUCAUAAAAAAUAGAGAUUAGGGUAACUAUAGAUCUCUUAAAAGCAAAAACAUUUAUUUCAUUCAUUUCCUCAUGUCUGAAACACAAGCUUCAAGGGUAGGUAUUCCUGAGUCUUCUACAUGUUUCAUCAAACAUGAAUAACCAGUCCAGUCCAUGGAUUAAAUUAUUGUUAUAAAAUCGGGAUAGCAUGCACGAGGUUUUAUACCACUGACCAAUCAGUUUAAAAGUAAACAGGAUGAUUCAUAAGGCGGCGCAGUAGCAUGUGGACAAACCCAAGCAGUGCCAGGGAAGGCAAAUAUAAUGCGACACGAGCACUGAUAAAAGCGGAAUGAAACCAAAAGAAUUGUGACAGUCAGACGAAGCAUUGCAGUGUGAACGUUGGAUAGCUACAUGUUACUGGACAUCGAUAACAAAUCUCUGCAAAUUCAGAGGGGAUUGAUGUUACUGCUGCAAACCAUAUGGGACAUAAUUAGUGCCAAUCAUCGUUGUUGGUAGACUGACCCGUGGAUUCCACCUGUCCCCACAUGAGAAAAAAUGGGGAAUGGAUUAUCCGAACCGCAGACUUUCCUUUCCCGAAUCCCCUUCUUUCAGUCAUUCCAUAUCGCUAUUUUGGGACUCGACUCUGCAGGUAAAACAACUGUCCUGUACAGGUUGCAGUUCAACGAGUUCGUCAACACAGUGCCUACCAAAGGCUUUAAUGCAGAGAAGGUCAAGGUGUCGUUGGGCGGCCACAGGACGGUGACCUUCCACUUCUGGGACGUGGGCGGUCAGGAGAAGCUGCGUCCGCUGUGGAAGUCGUAUACACGCUGCACAGACGGCAUCAUAUUUGUGGUGGACUCUGUAGAUGUGGAGCGCCUGGAGGAGGCUAAAACGGAGCUCCACAAGAUAGCCAAGACAGGAGACAACCAGGGAGUACCACUGCUUGUGGUGGCCAACAAGCAAGACCUGAGGCACUCUCUGGGCCUGGCAGAGAUUGAGAAGGCUCUGGCACUGAAGGAGCUGUGUCCCGGAACGCCCUGGCAACUCCAGUCCACCUGUGCCAUCAUAGGAGACGGACUGGAAGAUGGCAUGGGGAGGCUGUAUGACAUGAUCCUCAAACGGAGGAAGAUGCUCCGGCAACAGAAGAGAAAAAGAUGAUGUGGACUAAUUCUCGCUUUUUAAAUGAAGGACACAAGGACAUGUUCUCAAACCUCGGUGGAUUAUUUAGAGUUCUCCUAGGGGUUCAUGUUUGGCACACUGAGUUUUAUCAGUCCAUGUUGAACUGUAGGUCUGCAGUUUCUUAGACUGCUUCAUCUUCAGUAUUUGUUGCUUCUAGUGGCUCAAGAAGCUUCUAUGAAGGUCUAUAAUGAUGUACUAUAUGUUGUUACAAAAAUGUAUUGGAUCCUUUCAAUUAGAUCAUUAGUAAUGGAUAAUUGAUUACCAAAAAUGACAUGAAUUUGAAGAACAGCUAAAAAAAAAUCCUGUUCCUUUACAAAUGGUUUGGUGGGAACAAACAUUGUGGUCUUCCUCAAAGGGAACUCUGACCUUGUAAAGGGUUUGUAUAAGCUUCUAUUUUUAUCUCAACUGUUUUCUUUCCUUCUCAAAAAGAAGGUAGUGUUCAACCUUUCAGCCCUUUGUCUGUCUAGGAUAUCUAUACUGUCUCUUUGUUAAAGCACUUUAAAUAGUAUUUUCUGAUAAUUAUGUUUACAGCUUUGAAGUUUCCCAAUGGAGCUUAAUUAACAUGAAUCGUUUUAGUUGUUUCAAAAGAAGCCACGGUAAUUUGCUUACUGGGUCCCUAUUGGCCACAUGGUCAAUAAAUGGAAUGUGUUUCUUGUUUUCAUCUUGAAUAAAGCCUCUUUACAGCA